AUGGGUGGACUUGCUGGUGUCGAUCAUAUUCCGAUAGACAGAGAGGUGGUGAUGACCUACACGAAGUUGACUCCGACUUCUUUUGAUGGCAUUAGGGAUGCUCUUGAUUUCUUGGAAGAGUUUGAGUACCACGGUCAGAGGAUUCAGGCUAGUGAUCGUCAAUCAGUGAUGCUUGUGGAGAUGUCGCUGAAGUGUCCAACUAAGGACUUGUUUCGCGAUAACAUCAGGCCAGAGAUUGCUACAUUGACUUGGGCUGAGUUUCUAGCCCUAGCCACCAUCCUUCUCUUUUCUCUUCAUGUUUUUCACCUCCAAAAUCUGCUCCAACUCAGCCCCGUGAUUUUGGUUGAAUUAUGUCAUGCCAUGAUCUUGAGUUUUGCCGAAUGGUUCUUUUCGGUUUUGAUUCUUUCAAAUGAGAAAUGGCGGCAGGAACAUGGCUCUGUUCUUUUUCUCUUAUUUGAAGAUGAUGGUAUAAAUGCCAUGUUAAGUCACCAUCUUAUUUGGCUUGAUAUUAUUAAGUCCUUUAGACUUACUCCUCAGGAUGCGCGUGCAUCAAACGCUGUGGUGCAAGGUACCAUCCCGAUUUCUUUUACUGAUGCUUUGGUAUUAUUUGAUGCGGGUGCGACCCAUUCGUUUGUUUCUACUUGUUUUGCUGGGAAAUUGGGUAGAGCACCAUCUGUUUUGAGUGAACCUCUAGCUGUGUCUACACCUAUGUCUGAAGGUGUAGUAGUGGACGUCGUCUAUCCUUCUUGCCCUGUGGUUAUUCAGGGUAGAGAAUUGUGUGCUGAUUUGAUUGUACUUGACGUUCUUUCUUUUGAUGUUAUCUUGGGGAUGGACUGGUUGUCACGCCAUUAUGCUUCUAUUGACUGUCGAGGGAAGUCAGUUGAGUUCAGGAUUCCAGGUGGUCUACCUUUUUCCUUUCAGGGAGAAAAGGCAGAGACACCUAAGAAUCUGAUUUCCGCCAUUAAGGCGAAGCGGAUGUUAGGCAAGGGUUGCCAGGGUUUUCUUGCUGUGGUUCGUGAUUUGGAGGCUGGUGGUAGUGAUAUGCAUAGUGUGCCGAUAGUGAAUGAGUUCACUGAUGUGUUUCCAGAGGAAUUGCCUGGAUUACCACCUGAUCGUGAUAUUGAGUUUUGCAUUGAUGUGGCUACUGUCAAGAACAGAUAUCCUCUUCCUCGCAUCGAUGAUUUGUUUGACCAGUUGCAGGGUGCGAAGUGUUUUUCCAAAAUUGAUUUGAGGUCUGGGUAUCAUCAGCUACGGAUCCGUGAUGCAGAUGUGCCUAAGACUGCUUUUCGGACUCGUUACGGACAUUUUGAGUUUCUGGUUAUGUCCUUUGGUCUGACGAACGCACCAGCAGCGUUUAUGGAUAUGAUGAACAGAGUGUUCAAGCCGUUUUUGGAUCAAUUUGUUAUCGUCUUCAUUGAUGACAUUUUGAUCUAUUCUCGGAAUUUCUCCAGAAUAUCUGCACCUUUGACUAAACUGACACAGAAGGGUGUCAAGUUUGAGUGGACUGACAAGUGCGAGGCAAGCUUUGAGAAGCUCAAGGAGAUUUUGACUACAGCUCCGGUUUUGGCAUUGCCUUCUGGCAUUGACGGUUUCACAGUGUAUUGUGAUGCGUCUCAGAUUGGUUUGGGUUGCGUUCUGAUGCAACAUGGACAGGUGAUUGCCUAUGCUUCCAGACAGUUGAAGAAGCAUGAGGUGAAUUACCCUACUCAUGAUUUAGAGUUGGCAGCUAGUCUGAAGUAUAUCUUUGAUCAGAGAGAAUUGAACUUGAGACAGAGGAGGUGGUUAGAGUUGCUGAAGGACUACGACUGUACUAUUCAGUACCAUCCUGGUAAGGCUAAUGUGGUAGCCGAUGCGUUGAGUCGCAAGUCUUCAGGCAGUUUGGCUCAUAUUUCUGAGAUUGGGCGUAGACCCAUGGUUAGAGAGUGGCACAGUUUGAUAGCUUCAGGCUAUGGAUUUCAAAUUUCUCAGACUGGUUGUUUGUUAGCACAGUUGCAAGUGCAACCCGUUUUGAUUGAUCGGGUCGCUGAGUAUGUUUCUAAGUGUCUGACUUGCCAGCAGGUGAAGCUGGAACAUCAGAGACCUUUUGGCUAUCUGCAACCACUACCUAUUCCAGAGUGGAAGUGGGAGCGGAUUGCUAUGGAUUUUGUGGUUGGGUUACCACGUACUCGACAGGGAUACGAUUCCAUCUGGGUGAUAGUUGACCGUAUGACCAAGUCAGCUCAUUUCCUUCCGAUUAAGGUUUCGUAUACUGCUUCGAGGUUGGCUCAGUUGUACAUCGACAGGAUUGUCAGUUUGCAUGGUGUACCGGUUUCUAUUGUUUCAGACAGAGGUUCUGUGUUUACUUCGAGGUUUUGGAAGGCGUUACAGGAAUCCUUGGGUUCUCGGUUGGAUUUCAGUACAGCUUUUCAUCCUCAGACUGACGGUCAGUCUGAGAGGACUAUUCAGACGUUGGAGGAUAUGCUCAGGAUGUGUGUUCUCGAUUUUCAGGGUAGCUGGGAUACUCAUUUGCCGUUGAUUGAGUUUUCCUAUAACAACAGUUAUCAUGCGAGUAUCGAGAUGGCGCCGUAUGAGGCUUUGUACGGGCGCAAGUGUAGAUCUCCUAUCUGUUGGGAGGAGGUCGGAGAGCGUAAACUCUCGGGAGCGGAGAUUAUUCAGAUUACCUCUGAGAAGGUACCGUUGAUUAAGCGGAGGUUGGAGACUGCUUUUAGUCGGCAUAAGAGUUAUGCUGAUCCGAAGAGGAAAGACAUUGAGUUCCAGGUUGGUGAUUUCGUAUUUCUUCGGGUUUCGCCUAUGAAAGGCGUGGUUCGUUUUGGUGUCAAGGGAAAGUUGGCACCGAGGUAUAUUGGUCCUUAUGAAAUUUCGGAGAGGAUUGGAGCUGUGGCUUAUCGUCUGGUUCUACCGCCAGACAUGUCGUUAGUACAUCCGGUGUUUCACGUUUCUAUGUUGAGAAAGUGCGUUUCUGAUCCUUCGCACGUGAUUGUGCCUCAGAGUGUUGAGAUUGACCAGGAGCUGUCCUAUGAGGAACAACCAGUUGAGAUUGUUGAUACGCAGGUGCGUAAAUUGCGGAACAAGGAGAUUCCGAUGGUCAAAGUUCUCUGGCGCAAUCAUUCUGUAGAGGAGUGUACUUGGGAGACCGAGUUGGAUAUGCGGAAUCGCUAUCCUUUUCUAUUUCCGUGA